UGACCGGUUUAUUCCGCGGAGGAGACCGGAGAAACGCUGCGAUCAUGUCUGAGAGCCCCAAGGAGGAGCCAAGUACUGGGGUCUUGGGUCGUAUUGGGAGUUGGUUCUCUCCAUGGAAGGGAAAGGGUCCAAAGAGUCCUACUGAAAAUGCCUCCCCAACGAGUGAUCAGGCUGUUAAGUCAGAGGGAGACGAGAAGAGUGAGGGGCCUGUGAGAUCCCAGGCAGGGGAACAACAGUUGGAGAACGAACACAGCUCCAAUCCCAAUCCACUGGGUCUCUCCAGAGAAAGUCUCCGCUGUGAAGAAAAGGACGCCACGCAGUCUGCCCACAGACACGGCUCCGUUGUGAGCAGCUCUGAGACAGGGGAAGGAGGUCCAAAAGAGGAGGAGUUUGUGGAGUGCAGGAGGAAGAGAACAGGGCAGGGCAAGGAGAGGGAGGAGAGCAACAAUGGUACUUCAGCGAGUGGGAAUCCUAAGAAGAAUGCCAGUCAUCUGACAUAUCUGUCUUCUUCCUCUAAAGAGGGAGUGGUAUGGGACUCUAACCGGGCCCACACCCAGCCUCAGGCCCAGAGACAAGCGCAGGCCCAGGCAGGCAAGAGGCUCCAUGUGUACCUGGAGGAGACCAGCGUGACUCACUGCAGCCAAGACACUUUAGCUGGACAGGAAGUUGUCCGCACCAAAGUCACGAAAAGCCUACAGGUCCCCCCGAAAGCAAAGUCAUCAGCAAGUUUUGAUUUUCCAAAGAGCUCAAGUUCAGCAAGUGCAGAGAACAAAAGGACAAAUGUCAGGCCUGCUGUCGGGGCACACAGUUAUUCAAGUGCUCAAGGGGGAGUGUCACUGAAAUCACACAAAGACUCACAGUUAGAGCCUGAGCCCGAUAAAGAACAAACAGAGGCAGACAGCAUGGGGCGUAAAAAUGCAGCCAGAAGGAAAUCCAGGAAGAACUCUCAGGGAGAUGGAGGGAACAGCCCCCAGGAAAAAAUGCCUCCCAAUACUCAACCUGUCCUAGAGGGAUUCUCUUCAUCAGAUAACUCAGUGACCAGUCCUCAGGGCAAAAGUCCAAAGACUCACGUGGGAGAGUCAUCUGUAAACCCCUCCUCCAAGCACAACCCCACCUCUCAAGCCUCACCUGGGGGAAGGGAAAGGACGACUUCCUGCCAUGAUACGGUCAAGCAAUUGGACGACCUCCAGGAUUCACACUCAGUCAUUGCAGACACUCUGGCAUGUAUGGUGGAUGGGGGCGCAGACAUGGAGGACGAUGACAGCCUUUACAAAGUACAAAGGAAGACAGAGACACCAGAGUCCAAACGCAGGAGUAUUAAGGUUUCUCAGAGUGAGGUGAAGCUCUUUACAAAGUAUGUGUCUUUGAAUCCUGUGCAAAGUCCAGCGGGAGACAACCAGGAUUAUAAAUCAGCAUUAAAGAAUGCCAAAGAGGAAGAAAAGGAUAAGCAGAAAACAGAGAUUGAUGCAAGACUACAUGACUUAAGGAAUACCGAUGAGGCGCCUAAACCAGUCGUUGGCCGGAUUGCAGAUAAAAUCAGCCUCUUUGAGCACCAGUGGGCGGUGGGGGGCCACAAGCAGACCCUCCAAACCCCGAGAAGUGCUGAUGUCUCUCCAGUCAGGAAAGCCACUGAGAGGCUAAAAGCAGAUUUUGAGUCGUCAGACAAGAGGUCGAGAUCAGUGGAACGUCACCGCACGGCCAGGUCCAGCUCUGCAUCACCUGUUGGGGAGAAACCGAUGACAAUCAAGGAGCGAGCAAGGAACUUUAUAAAGGCUUCUAAAUUAGAGGCUAAACCAGCACUGCCUCAGAAGCCAGCCAUGACAGGCAUGUCUCAAAAAUCCACAUCGUCUGUGGCAGUUGCUGCAUCAGGGUUGCCACAACUUGACAGUCAGGAUAAACUGGAUACUAAAGAGCAGAUAAAGACAACAGCAAUGUCGGAGAUAACAUUAAAAGCAGAUGGACAGGAUACCACUGCUGCAGGGGUAAAUGUUUCCAAUCCAAAAGAACAACCAACAGACUCCAAAACAAAAGACACAGUGGCCUUGAAAACAGCAGAUCAGGGUACGAAACCUUACAGUGUUGAAUCGGAUGUCAAAGCUAAAGGAGCGGGUGAUUCUUCAGAAAUGACCAGCAACAUUAGUCCACAGUCCAAAGGCCCUAGCAGAACAGGCUCCCGCUCUAAAAGAAAAAGUAGAGAGCCUACCAGUCCGGUCAGCCCAAAUAGUGAAAACAAACCUAAAAGUAAGCCACAGGUCCCUGCUAUAAAACAGGAGCAGGUGGAUGAAACAGUGGAGACUGUCCCAGCCUCAAAACAGCUCAAAGAAAAAGUCUCAUUAUCAUCUGAUAAAGCACAAGGAAAUACAUCAGGAAAACAGGCCAUGUCUGAUACUAAACAGAAAGCUUUUAAAAAGGAACUAGAAGUCUUAGAAAAGCAGAAGGAAAAGUCAGAUUCUUCAUUUAAAAAGGAGAAUAUUAACAAACCAGUCAAGAGACAGGGUGGAUUGCCUGAACCAUCUUUCAACAAGGAUGAACCUGAUACUGCUGCCUAUAACAGUGGAACAAAGAAGCCUGUCAACAAGGAUCCCGUUAUUUUAGCCCAAGAGGAGGAAAAGGCAGGGGUACGUAGCCUCGUAUUCACUCAGGAGAGAGAAAAGGCCACCAAGGACAGCAGAGAAACUUCAGCCUCCUCCCCCUCACCUGCUGUUGACCAGUCUAUUGAGAAGGCUCCUUCAGUGGAGCAGGAGUCACCUUCUGAACACCCCAAAUUAGAUAGAGAAUUAUCAGAGCCUCCUGAAACAAAAGGUAAAGGAAAAGUAAAGCAGCCCAGUAAGAAAGACAAAGGGCAAAAAUUGCAACCUCAAAACAAGGACACAGAACUAAAAAAUCUGGCUGAGCAAAAGGACGUGGAGAAACUAGAGAGGGCAGCGAGUGAAAAAACAAAGCAGACGGAGAAGAAAGACCAAGAAAAACCACAGGAGCCCCUGCGUUUAGAUAAAAAUACCACAAAUGGCAAGGUUUCAGACAGUAGGCGAAGUAUCUCAGGGACAGAGGGAAGUGUUGCUAAGGAUGACAAAAGAAUAAGUGCUGAAAGAAAAGAAGAGACAGAGCCCAUUAAAGACAUAUCGAAACCAGAAGCCAACAAGCCAGAGCCGGCCUCUCAGUCAUCAGAAAAGACCAGCUUAUCAUCACUGGACCUCCCUGCUCAAGCACAACAUGUCAGUCAGGUGGCGACUGCGCAUCCAGAAAAAGCUGCUAUCUGUGCCGUCACCCAGACUAAUGAGGCUGCGAGUCAGACCAAGAGUGACACAGAGCCUUCGAAGGGAGAGACGGCAGCAGUUGUGCCUCCCGAGUUGCAAACAAAGUCUACAGAAAGCUCUGGAACAGAAACAGAGCCAGUGGUCAUUGCAGCAGAACCACAGCCUAAUUCUGCACCAGUGGAAAAAAUGGAGAAUUCACCCGAUGACUCACAUACACAUGGAGCUAAUGUUGUUGAAUGCUCCAGCUCAAAGCCUAUUAGCAAAGCAACUACGGCGGCUGGGGAAGUGACUGUAAAAGCCACUGAUUACACUCCAGUGCUGAUAACUUUACAGACUGACAGUAUGGCAGAGAAAGGAUCAUGUGUUAAAGAAGCUUCUCCUAUUUCUGUCUCUAAAUCUGCGAGCAGCCAGGGAGCAAGGAAAAAAAGUGCAACUGUUAAAACAGUGCCCUCAGAAGACAAAAUCUCAGGAGAUAUCACGGAUCCAGCUCCUAGCCUUUCACUCAAGGGUGUGGAAGAAAUAGCACAGAGCCCUUCUGAUAGCAGUGCUUCUAAAUCCACAGUUAAUGUGAUAGAGAAGACAGCUGAGAAAACAUUCGGUCCGCUAGUCAGUGAACUUCCACCCGUUUCUAAUGGUGACAUAUCCUCACAUCCACAACUCCUCACAGCCAGAAAGGAACUGUUCAAUAACAAGCCAAGUCAAACUCCAAAAGCACCCACUUCCCCAGAGGUUAAUUUGCUGAUCCUAGACUCAAUCCAGCGUUCAUCCAUGAAGAAGCACCGUUUGCCACAGGGACUAAGCAAAGAUGAUUCUGCAAAACGGCAAGACGCCCCCUCUAGCUGGUUAGAUGUGGACUUUCCCAAACGGAAGCUUAAAGUCCCAGAGCCCAAAAUGAGCUUUUCUGGCAGUGAGAGCAAUCUUCUGGACACUUCUGGUGAGCUAGAUGAUGAUGACUUUGUUGAGAAAAUCAAGAAACUUUGCACCCCCUUCUCCCUCCCACCACGUAAACACAACCACCUUCGCCCACCUCAGCCCCCCUUUGCCAUGCCAGCUAUCAAGGAGGACCACUUUGAAAAGACGUUUGACCCUGACGAGUUUAAGUUUGGCUUGAGGAAGAAGAAUCAGUUCAACUUAGACACAGCCCCAAGUCUCUUAGCCAAACUCCAGAGCACAGAGACUAAAUCUGGCCUGAAGCCUGCCAGGGCUAGUUUGGCCGAUAGAAGCAUGCUGCUCUGUGGCCUUGACAUCGACUCUCGGCUCAGGGAUAAAACACCAGUCAAGGAUGAGGUGGAUGGCAAGGAGGAGCAGGAUGAGAAGAUCAAAGUGAAGUCUCGCUUGGUGGGGAGCUGUGUCCUCAGCAGCCUCACCAUCCCCAGCGUCAGAGGGAAGAGGAAUGGAGCUCAAGCGCAGGCAGAAGGCAGCAGCUCUGGCGAUGUUUCACCCAGCAAAUCCCCCCAGCCAAGCCCUCCACCUUUAUCCCAGCCACCCCCGCCAUGCCCGCCUGCCACAGCUCCAAUCAAAGACGCGCUGGUCAAGCAGAGCUCUGCUCUGAGCAACAAACAGAAAGCCCAGGCUGCAGAGGCUGUGGUCAGUGACUCAGGUCCUCCACUUCCUUCCUUUAACGACAUCAAGCUGCCAGACUAUUUAGAGAAGUACCUCCCCCGAGAACCAGCAAUAGCAGUGCAGAGCACACAAGGACAGGAGCAAGUCAACCAAACGGAUAGUUUAUCUGUUAUUGAAAGGAUGACAACUCCGCUUCCUGGAGGCGAAGCUGUAAAACCAUGUCUGUUGCUUCCUGAUGCUGUGCCUCCAUGUUUUCCUGGGAUUCCUCCAACUACACACCCUGCACACUCUGAGCAGCCUCCGGUGCAGCCACAGGGUAUACUCAGUAACCAUAUAAGAACUGCCAAAGGAUUUCACAAGCGCCCUGGAAAGAUGGUGUUGUUUGAGAAAGCUGAGUUCUCUGGCCAAGCGUAUGAGAUUUAUAGGGAUGUAGCAGAUGCUACGUCUCUGCAGCUCUCGCCUCUCAUAUCGGUGAAGGUUGUUAGAGGGUGCUGGGUGCUCUACGAGAAGCCCGACUUCCAGGGACGUGCCAUCGCUUUGGAGGAGGGGGGAAUAGAAUUGACAAAUGAGUGGGCGGAGCCUGGUUUGGAGGCAGAACCACACAACAGCCCACCCAUGCUGAUUGGCUCUAUUCGACUUGCUGUCUGGGAUUACAGCAUACCCCAUAUUGAUCUGUUUACUGAACCGGAGGGCCACGGAAGGGUAACACCUUACCACGAUGACAUAAUAGAGACGGGCUCAUUUGGCAUCCCACUGAGCACUGCUUCCAUCCAGGUGCACUCUGGGGUGUGGCUGGUGUUCAGUGACCCAGGGUUCCAGGGCUUGCUAGCUGUACUGGAGAUGGGAGUGUACCCUUUUCCUGACACCUGGGGCUUUCCAUCACCCUUCGUGGGAUCUCUUAGACCACUUCGAAUGGGGGGGUUCAAAGUGGAGAAUCCCAAUGAAGUAAAGGCUGUGGUGUAUGAAAAUCCUGGCUUUGAGGGCUCCUGUUUGGAAAUCGACAGUGACGUUUUCAGCUUUUGUGAGGGUGAAGGAGACGCUGCCACAGACAGUGCAAACCUUGGACCAGAGAAAGUGAAGUCUGUGGGUUCUUUAAAGAUCAUUGGAGGACUGUGGGUGGGCUACAGCCAGCCUGGGUUUGAGGGCCAGCAGCACAUCCUGGAGGAAGGAGAAUACCUGGACUGCAGCGACUGGGGAGGCUCAGAGCAGCUCUUGUCACUGCGACCAAUACUGGCUGAUUUCAUGUCGCCACACCUCAGAAUGUUCAGCGACAAAGAUUUUGGCAAGCUGGGAGCGAACAUUGACCUCACAGUGCCUGUCAUUAACAUGGAUGACACUGGCUACGGCAUGAAGACGCAGUCCAUUGAUGUCAUCGGUGGCAUCUGGGUAGUGUUUGAAGAGCCGGGCUUUUGCGGCGAGUCCUACAUCCUGGAGAAAGGCCUGUAUGGAAGCCCAGAGGACUGGGGCGCGCUGCAUCCCACAGUUGCCUCGGCGAUGCCCGUCAUACUAGAUGAUUUUGAGAGCGCAGCCAAGUUUAAGGUGCAGCUUUUCUCUGAACCGGGUUUUCAAGGCUCCGUCCUUGCCCUGGAGGACAACGCGGCCUCCCUACAGGACGGGUUCUCCGUGGCCUCUUGUAAGGUUCUGGCUGGCAACUGGUUGGCAUUUGAUGGCCAGGACUUCACUGGCAGGAUGUUUGUGUUGGACGUGGGGAGCUACCCAGAUCUGAGAGCAAUGGGCUGUGUCAGUGCGAGCUCCUCCAUCCUGUCACUACAGACUGUUGGCUUUGAGUUCUCACUGCCUUCCAUCACUCUUUUUGAGCGCUGCGGUCUGCGGGGGAAGAGGGUGGUUCUGACGGAUGGAUCAGUCAACCUUCAGCUGGCUGGAGGCUGCGGCAGAGUCCAGUCUGUGCUAGUGGAAGGAGGCAUGUGGGUAUUAUAUGAGGGAAUCAACUAUCGGAGCGCUCAGAUUUUGCUGAAGCCUGGUGAGAUUCUCGACUGGCGCAAGUUCAGCAGCUGGCAGAAAAUUGGGUCCCUCCGCCCUCUUCUACAGCAGAAGCAAGUGCACUUUCGUGUAAGGAACAGACAGACGGGGCUCGUGAUGUCAGUGACUGGCGAUUUAGAUGAUGUCAAACUGCUGCGGAUACAAGAAACCGAGGAGACCGAUGGAUUCGAGCAGAUCUGGUUCUAUCAGAAUGGACAUCUCCGCUGCAAGCUGCUGGAGGAGUGCUGCCUGAGCCCCAGUGGCAGUAUGACCAUGGCGGGAAGCCGUGUGGGUCUCACCCCAGAGCCGGACGACCACAUCCAUCUCUGGAGUAUCACCCCUGAGGGCUUUAUCCGCUACACCGCCACCUCCGAUCUGGUCCUUGAAGUCAAAGGGGGCCAUCACUACGACAAAAGCCAGGUGAUUCUGAACUCUCUCAAUCCAAAUAAACCCCAACAAAGGUGGCUUGUGGAGAUUAUCUGAAAAGAUCCGAGCUGCAGAACUGGACCCCAGUGUUAUAAGAGGCACAGCUCUGCUAGAGGCGUCGUCAUGCAGCUGCAUGACAGGUGCUCAAUGACGGGGUACACCGUUGGCGAUGCUAAACCUCUGCUGCAGAAGAACUAUAAAAACUUCCAAUGAGGACGUC